UUAAUUGGCUUACCUGAUGUAGCCUACUUACGUGAUGGCAAACUUUGUUGACAUGUUUCACAAGGGAAAAACUUUCAGGCCCAGGAAGAAGUUUGAACCUGGGACUCUAAAGUAUUCCCUCCACAAACGAGCUCAAGCAUCCCUGAAUUCUGGAAUAAACUUGAAACAAGUCGUAAGGCUUCCACGUGGUGAAGAUCUGAAUGACUGGGUUGCAGUUCAUGUGGUUGAUUUCUUUAACCGCAUCAACUUGAUCUACGGAACUGUCACUGACUUUUGCCGAGAGGAUACUUGUCCUACAAUGUCAGGAGGGCCAAAAUUCGAAUACCUGUGGGCUGACAGAUCUAAGUACAAGAAACCGACUCAUCUUCCUGCUCCACAGUACAUUGCUCUACUAAUGGACUGGGUGGAGACACAGAUUAAUAACGAUGAAGUUUUUCCUGUUACUGUUGAUGUUCCCUUCCCUAAGAACUUCAUUCCUACUUGUAAGAAGAUUCUUACACGGUUGUUCAGAGUGUUUGUUCAUGUCUACAUACAUCAUUUUGAAAGUUUGGUAGCUAUUGGAGCUGAAGCCCAUGUGAACACAUGCUACAAACAUUUUUACUAUUUCAUCAGAGAGUUUGAUCUUGUGAGUCGACGAGAACUAGAACCAUUGGCAGAAAUGACGAGAAGAAUUUGUAAAGAUCAGCUUCAGAAGAGGUAAAGACAAUCCUGGACGUUGACUCCUGCAGGAUCACUCUUACCAUAAUGUUUAGUCUAGAAUCUUCAGGUUGCAUGGUAACACUUGUUAAUUUGUGCACAUUGUAAUUCUGGUUUGAAAGUUAUGAAUUUGGUUGUAUGUUAGAGAUGUGUACACUGCUAGUGUUGAUACCUCCUUUAGCUAAAAUGCAGUGUGAGUAAUCGGUUCUAGUCGUGCUCCGUACAGUCACUUCAAUCUGUAUUGUUCAGUGUUUAUAGUUGUAAUCAACUUGAGGGGGUUACUUGGAUUAGUAACCACCAAUAGGUGAUGGCUUUAUAAAAAAUGAUCUAUUUUUAUACUUUUAGAAGGUUUAAAACUGUCUUUCCAUAGCUUCAUGUAUUGUUGUACCAUUGUUUAAAAAACAUCAAAGCAGUUAAGUCUGUGUAGUGCUACAAUACAGCUAUGCAUUUCAACUACGUACAGGUAAAUAAUAAAACAUGUCUAGAAGUGAAUAGUCAAGCACUGAAGAUGUCAAAAAUACUACUUAAAAUGGUCAUUAAAUUAGGAGUGAAAGUUGAAAUCAGCGGAGGCAGAAUCAUUUCUUACGUGACACAAGAUCUUACAUCUUGGAUCUCUAGCUAUUAUUCUGAGGUAUAUCGUGAUCAUCUUUGCACUUACAAAGAUUUUAGGGAUUGUUCUAAUUCUGUGUUAUUUUACUUAUAAAACCCAGACGUCAUGUUACAAGUAUGAUAGAACUUUAGUAGAUAUAUAUAUUUUUAAUUAUAUUGUUAUGGAUGAUUCUCUGACUUUCUAUCAGAUAUUUUCCAACUUGAAUACUUUUAUAAGGUGUAUGUUCUAGAUAAUAUUGUAAAAAUAAUCUAAUGAUUAGUAAUUUUAAUUUCUUUUGUACACAAAAUGUGAACUUUAAUCAAGAGUGUUUUAUGGAAUCAUUUUGUGAAUUUUAAUAGUCUGUAAUUCUUGCAAAUUACCUGUGUUUAAUAUCAAAUCUUGUUCUAGAAUUCUUAAGAAUUAUAAUUUUAAAAUCUUCAAUGGUAUUAACAUUUCUCUUAAGUUCAGCCAUCAUGUUGAAUAAGUACAUCACCUUUCUGUAUCUACCUUUACCAGCCUUUUUUUUGAAAGGUGUUGCCAUCCUCUUGAAUAAGUACAUCACCUUUCUGUAUCUACCUAUACCAACCUUGUUCUUGAAAGGUGUUGCCAUCUUUUGGAUAAGCACAUCACUUUUCUGUAUCUACCUAUACCAACAUUUUUGUGAACUCCCAAAAAUAGAAGUUGGAAAUGCGUUUAGAUAAAUAAUUAU